GGAAGCGCAGUGCCGGCCUGCCGCUUAGCCGCUAGUCGUCGUCGCCGUCGUCGACUCGUCGCGGUGGUGGUGGUGGUGCUCGCGGUUGCGGCAGCUCCAAAGUCCAAGCCAUACGUUGGUCUGGGGCGACCGAGGCGGGGACGAGAGGAGGUAUGGGUCGAUCUCUCUACGCCGCCGCCGCUGUGGCGCUCGUCUGCUUCUCCGGCUUCUGCCACGGGGAGCGGCUCGGGGCGCGGCAGUGCGAGGACCUGGGAUUCACCGGCCUCGCCCUCUGCUCCGACUGCAACGCGCUCUCCGAGUUCGUCAAGGACCAAGAGCUGGUGGAGGAUUGUCGUAAAUGUUGCACUGAGGAUUCAGAUGAUUCAAUCAGCAAGCUCACAUUUUCCGGUGCAAUUAUUGAGGUCUGCAUGAGAAAGUUAGUGUUUUAUCCAGAAGUUGUUGGCUUCCUUGAAGAGGAUAAAGAUGACUUCCCUUAUGUGGAAGCCCGUUAUUCGUAUGGUUCUCCACCAAAGCUCAUAAUGCUUGACGACAAGGGCGAACAUAAGGAGACCAUAAGGAUCGACAACUGGAAGCGGGAGCACAUUCGACAGUUUCUCAAGGAGAAAGUGAAGCUGGUGAAGUCAGACAGCUGAGUUUAAACCCUAUGGAGUUUGGUACUUUGCAAGCAAAAUUGCAGCUGAUAUGAGAUGGGCAUCAAAUUCUGUGUGACAUCUGUACAACUCAAUAUGUUUGUAUAAGAAGCUUCUGUAGUGUUAUUUCUGGCAUACUUGUAUCCCGUUCCUAUUACAGUCAGGUAGCUGGCACUGUGAUUCAUGAAAAUUAGUUGAUGUAGUACUGGUUGUUUCCCGGAGCUUUAACUCAAUAAAGAGGGUAAAAGAAUGUAAAAAAAAAAGCUUUGGUCA